AUGAGUUGGGGAGGACUGAGGGAGGUGGGGUGUUACACUACAGCUAGUGAGUUGGCUUCUCUGUUGUACUGGUGUAUGUUACACUAUCCUCUCCUCAGUGGUACAAGUUGCUCACUCACACUCCCAAGUGUGAAAUUGUCUGUUUUCGCAAAUGACCAAAUGGUGUUAGUUGAAAGUCAAUGAGUAAGAUAGAGGAGAGUGCAAUCCAAUCACUCCAUCACUGUCAUUUUUCUGUGAUUGGAUGGAUCUCGUAUCAUCCACA